AUGGCGUUGUCCAUUUCCACCGCCGCAGUAAAGCCUCUUUUACUCCUCCUCCUCCUCCUCAACUGCCUCGGCAGCUUCGCCGGGUUAUCCACAGAGAGUGAUGCAGAAAAAUUGCCGAAAUCCGACGUUGAUCUGUUGGAAUUCCCUUUAAAUUUAGAGUAUUUGGAAGCUGAAUUCUUCUCAUGGGGAGCUUUGGGUUAUGGCUUGGAUAAGUUAGCUCCGAAUCUCGCCAUGGGCGGUCCGCCUCCUAUCGGCGCUAAACAGGCCGAUUUGAGUCCAAUUGUGAAGGAUAUUAUUACACAAUUUGCAUUUCAAGAAUUUGGACAUCUGAGGGCGAUUGAGAAGACGGUUCCAGGAUUUCCCAGGCCAUUACUGAAUCUAAGUGCAUCUUCAUUCGCUACUAUUAUGAACAACGCAUUUGGGAAAACAUUGGUUCCUCCUUUUGAUCCUUAUGCAAAUGACAUCAACUAUCUUCUCGCUUCCUACGUUAUUCCUUACGUUGGACUCACCGGCUAUGUCGGGGCGAAUCCAAAACUCCAAAGCUCUACAGCUAAAGCGCUAGUGGCGGGGCUUUUGGGCGUGGAAUCAGGGCAAGAUGCGGUUAUAAGAGCGCUCCUUUAUGAGCGAGCAAAGGUAAAGGUAUUACCGUAUGAAUUCACGGUGGCCGAUUUCACUAACAGAAUAUCGGAUCUACGAAAUAAGCUGGGAAAAGAUGGAAUAAAAGAUGAAGGACUAAUAGUUCCUCCCGCACAAGGUGCCGAGGGUAGAAUUUCUGGGAACGUGCUUGCUGGAAACGAAUUCUCUUUGGCAUUUGGUCGAACACCUGAGGAAAUACUUAGAAUCGUGUAUGGAAGUGGAAAAGAGAAUAGGCCUGGAGGAUUUUACCCCAAAGGAGCUGACGGAAAAAUAGCCAAAUCUUAUUUGGAUCAUUCGUGUUCGGUGUUCCUCAGAUUCUUUUCAUCUCCUGCAAAUUUCAAGAAGCUUGUUCGAAAGUCGGAAGAAGAGAAAGCUAUGGCCAAUUUGGGUGCACCUGGAACGACAGCUAGUGACUUCACAGAUGAGUUACCGACUUUCAAUGCCGAAAAUAUGCAAAACAAUGCAAAAAUUAUUUAUUAUAGCCGCACGUUUAUGUCUAUUGUUGGAGGAGUAAUUGCUGGAAUUCUGGGAUUUACUGGCUUGACAGGAUUUUUAUUAUAUUUCCUUGUUAUGGCAAUCACUUCAGUAGGACUUGCUGCCAAGGCCAGUUUUUAUGUUCACUCCUACUUUGAUGGUUGGAACAGGAUUAUAUUCGACGGCUUUCUUGGCGGGCUUCUGUCAUUCGUGCUCUUCUGGACAUUCGCGUAUGACCUCGUUCACAUUUUCUGA